GAGAGAGAGGGAGUGAGAGAGAGAGCUUGAAAUUUUUGAGUUAUUUUUUUUUUCUAUAAAAAAUAAAAAAAAGGAAAAAAAAAAGAAGAAGGAAAGACAAACCCUAAAAAUCUCAGUUGGCCCCUCUUCAUUCUUUCUCAUUUUUCCCUUUCUUUAAUUCACUUCUGGCUGAAGCUUUCUUCCAAAUUCAAAGGAAUCCAGUGUUCAUCCACCCGAUCUGGACCGAGUUGGGCAUUGAUUUGACGAAUGCUGUUGCUCAUCGCCUUCAAUUCCUUCUGAUUUGAUUUGUGGGUUGGAAAAGGUGUCAUCUUUGGCAGUGAACUGAGUGAAGUUGGGGAAAAACCCUAGGUGGAGGAGAGAAGUAGCCAUUGUGAUCAGGAUUGCAUGGAAAAGUUUGCUUUCUUGAUGUUUGUGUUUGUGGGCAUGGUAAGAUUGGUGUCCAUGGAAACGAGAGGAUUGUGAUCUUUGUGAAAAAUGCCGCCUUCCCCGGCUCUGAGGUGCUCCCCAGGGCGUGAUGUUGGCGUUCACAACAACCACAAGAGAGGCCGCAGUCUGGAGAGUGGAUUUCCACUCAAACCAAAAGAUGAUGAUCUUGUGCUGUUUAAUGAGAUGCAAAAUAAGGAGAGGGAUAACUUCUUGUUACAUACAUCAGAUGAUCUGGAUGACUCAAUUGCAAGAUUGAGAUACUAUUCAGACUUCAAGCUUGGAAUCAACAUUCCAGCCAGGGGAGAGACCAGUGAUUUGCUUAAAACAGAUGGAGAGAAGAAUGACUAUGAUUGGUUAUUAACUCCACCAGACACUCCUCUCUUUCCUUCUUUGGAUGAUGAAGAGCCUCAAACCGUUCAUCUAGCACCUAGGGGCAGGCAACGGAGUCAACCGAUUUCCAUAAGGUCAUCCAUGACUGAGAAGACUCACCGGACAAGCAGGGGUAGUCCAAGUCCACAUCGACUAAGCCCAUCUCCUCGAUCUACUACUGGUGUUAAUCAAUCAAGAGGCACCCCCCCUUCAGGUGGUUCUUAUUCUAGCCCGACAGCCGUUCUGAGGCCAACAACACCUUCACGAAGAUCGUCAACUCCAACCAAACCUUCUUCACCUACACCUCGAUCUUCAACUCCCACUCUCCGGAGGUCAAGCAAUGAUUCAAAUGGGCAGGGGUCAUCUUCUGGAAGAAGGGGGACCUCCCCGGUGACGACAAGUCGUGGCAAUUCUGCUUCCCCAAAACUACGAGGAUGGCAGACAAAUCUCCCUGGCUUUUCCUCUGAUCCACCUCCAAACCUUCGGACUUCUUUGGCCGAUCGACCAUCAUCAUAUGUUAGGGGCUCUUCACCAGCAUCCAGAAAUGGACGGCAGUCUAUGUCACCCACUGUAUCAAGAAACAGAAGGCAGUCUAUGUCACCCACUGCUUCUAGAAGUGCUAGUUCAUCACACAGUCAUGAUCGAGAUCACUUCAGCUCUUAUAGCAAGGGAUCUGCUGCAUCUUCAUGUGAUGAUGAUUUGGAUUCUCUGCACUCUACAGGUGCGGGGAUGUCUUGCGGCUCAAUUGGUUCAAAAAAUGGAACAUCAGCAAACAUCAGAACUAUGGUUUUCUCUAAAAGACCAGUCAGAACAUUGUCUUCUAAUUCCACUCCAAAAAGAUCCUUUGAUUCUGUGCUCCGACAGAUGGAUCAACGUAAAACUCCUCAGAACAUGUUCAGGCCACUUUUAUCAAGUGUCCCUACAACUACCUUUUAUAUUGGGAAAGCAAACACUAUGCAUCGUCCAAUGUUCUCAAGGAAUUCAUCACUCACAACUAGCAGUAAUACAAGCUCUGAGCCAGGUGCCUGUGUUGUUCCUGAUGUGGAGGCCAGUGAUCAUCACCAGAAUGAUCUCUCUGGUAAAAGGGGAAAGCCACAAGAUCCUGAGCUACAUGAGGAAAUAUUUAAAUUUGACAAAGCAGAUGACAUACCAGAUAGUGGAAAACCCAUGGGAGAUAUAACAAACAGAGAUGAUUUAGUGGGAUUAGAAAAGUCAGCUCCCAAUUCCUUAGGUGCUAUUAGUGCAUUAACUGCUUCUGAAUCUUCAAAUACUGCUGUUAACCCUUCUAUUCUUGAUAGAAACGGAAUGAUGGCAACUUGCUCCAAAUGUGGAAAUUCAUACAGUAUCAGGGAUCCAACCACAGAUGUUUGUCAAGAAUGUGCUGAAAAUGAUAGGCUCUUCACUGAAGGGAUAUCUCCAAGUGCUUUACUAGUAAUGCAGAAUGAAAAACUCCAAUCUCCAAUGGCAGAUGGAAAAGACAUAGGGUUCAAUAAGGCACAACUUGCAAUGGAAGUUUCUGAAUUGCCUGAUAAAAGUAGCACAAAUAUUCUUCCUUCAGAUGCUAUGCAUGCUGGGCAGGUAUACAAGUCCUUAAUGAAUCGUUCUAGGUUUCACUUGGAUAAUGAUCUAAUACAACAUGGCCAAUCUGACGCGCAAGAAAAUAGUGGUCAAGAGGUGAAUGCCAUUCAGACUGAAAACAUAUAUCAACAAUCUCAAGAAAUUGCUCAUCAAAGCACACGGGUUGAAAGUCCUGAGGGAACUGGCAUAUCAGUGCUUCUAAUGCAAAAGUCAAGCAGCAAUAAGUGGCCUGUUGUCCAGGGUAGACCCUUUUCUGCUACAAAUAUACUCUGUUCCGAGCCUUCCUAUGUGAGGGACCAUGCAAGUUCUAUGAAACGGAGCAUGAGCCGGGAAAGCACAUCGGCCUCUUCUUCUAUUGACAUGGGAUCGUGGAGACAGCCAGAGUAUCAUAUGCAACUGCAGUUAAAUAGCCAGAAAGGUGAGAUGGAGAAUGUGAGAAAUGAUUGUUAUGUAAACACACAGAGUGCAGAGAGUUCAAAUUUUGAAAUCUCAACUGGCAUCCUUGAAGAAAGAGAAUCAUUUAAUGGAGAAAAUGGAAAUUCCUUGAAAAGCACGGGAUCUGGUUGUACAAGGUCCUUGUCUAUCACACAUACUGCUAUUGAUGUCGAUGGAGAGUCAUUUGGUUGCACUGAUAGUUGCAUGCCAAUUGACUCUUUUAGAUCCCAGUUUAGUCACCCAGAUAACAAUCAGGCCUCAGACACUUUGGCAAGCACCCCUCUUAAUGAUGGAUCCAGUUCAUGCAUCAAUUCAGAAGGAUUGCUAAGUGUUAAAAGGAUCACUCGGGCGACAGAUCCAGAACUUGAAAUGCAGGGUUCAUCUGUUUUUGAAGAGGAAGAGCAAAUGCCAGCUUAUAAUGCCUUUGGAAAUGACAUUUCUGGUGUUGUCACAGUUGACUCUUCUUCCAUAAAUUCAGAACGACAAGUUUUUGAAAGUUUGCAAGAUCGACAAAUGGAUUCCACUGGAAUAAAUCUUAAUAUCACGGAUGAGCCACAUGAGCACUCUGCUUCCACAUCCUCGGAGACAGAUUUGCUGGCUUCGGCAUUGGAGUCUAAUGUUGUCAAUCAUUCCCGUGAAAAAUCCAUCACAGCAGCCGAAGCGCCAGGAGGAUGCACACCGAAAAGCUUUACUCUGGAAGAAGCUGCCGAUACAAUACUCUUCUGCAACUCGAUUGUCCUUGAUAUAGCCUACAAGGCGGCAAUCAUUGCAAUGGAAAAGGAGGAAGCUCUGUUGUUGGCCGAGGCACGUCGACCAACACCAACCAUUUUGGGGAACCCGUUCUACAGCCGAAGAGACUCGUGGAUGUCUUCUAAUAAACAAGCACCAAAGCCUCAAAGAGCCAGACGGAAAAGAUUGGAAACCAACACAAACACGACGGCUAUGGAGCCAGGAGAAGAUAUAAAGGUUCAAAGUGCGGCGCCAUCACAUCCUCAUCCUCAGGUUCCAAACAAGGUGGACAGUGCUAAACCUCCGAAGCUGGAAUCCAAGUGCAAUUGCACUAUCAUGUAGGGAAACUUAAAUCUAUUCCAAGUGCGUAUACGCCUCGACUGAUUUAUUUCUAGGGAAAUGCCAUCAUUGUAUAAUUGUUGCGAACGCGACGGUGCACCAGAUGAAUUAUUUAUAGGUUUGUAGCAGCUCCGCCUGCGAUAUUCUUUUCUGUCGGUGUUGUUUUGGCUUUGUGCUGCUGCUGCUGUUUUGUUAAAAGUUCAAGAGCAAGAGGGUGCUUAUUGAGCUAUUCUUUUUGUAAAUGUUCAUUUUCAGUGUCUGUUUAUAUCUGUUUUGUUUUGGAUUUC